AUGGCAUACGCCACAGCAAAUGGAAGCAAUGCAACAACCAUGUCUCCCUCCCAACAUUCCUUACAAAACAAUAGUCACUUAACCUUGAGGAAUUUGACAACUCUGGCCGAGAUUCUUGCUGAUUGUGUCAAAACUGGACCGUCCCCUCUGCGUUUCCCCAUACAGUUAGUUGUCCUUAUACUUGCCCUCCCAGCAAAUGCAUUAUUGCUCUGGCUUUUGGUAAAGAACAGAAAAACUCUUUCUCCCUCUGAGGUUUUAGGUCUCAACUUUGCCCUACUCGGUGUGCUGUUUGGACUCAGUCUGCCACUGGAUAUUGUUAUUACAUCUAUUAAUGCCCGCACAGGACUUCUCUUGAACCUUUCAAAUGCCUUUGCUAUUCUCAGUUACAUCGGCUGCCCCCUCCUGCUGACCAGUAUGUGCUUGGAACGGUAUGUGGCCGUGGCACACCCUGUGCUCUUCAUAAAGCUGGGGAAGUGGGAGUAUCGUGCUGCAUGUUCUGCCAUCAUCUGGUUUCUCACUUGUAUUGUAUCAGGAGUCAUCUUUGUCUACACACUCUCUAAAAUGGCUAUUCAGUUAUCCAUCAUUAUUAAUCUGCUGUUUUUAAUCAUGGUGGGUUGUCUAUUUGGAAUUGUGUGCGUGUUGUGUAAAAAGGGACCAGGUGAAGGGGACCAAAAUAAUUCAGUUGUAAAGAAGCGAGCUCUGAAGUAUGUUGUAGCACUAUUGGUGCCCUCAGCUAUAAUCUAUUUGCCAAUGCUGGCUCUGGCCCCUUUUAUUCUCAUGAUUAACAUGCUUACUGAAAACGGCACAAAUUUCCUUUUAUGUACUUGUCUGAUGAUGUUCAGUAUUCUCCCCAAUUUUGGAGUCUGCAUUGGGCCUUUAUUCUACAUGGCCCGAGUAAAGCAAGUAUUCUGUCACAGGAAUAAAAAAUCAAGAGACACAAGAGAGACCACUACGGACCAGAGGACCUAA